GCCACGAAUAGGCAUAGGUCUUAGGCUUCGCAGAAAUGGCGUGCAUGCAGCAUACCUCUAAGUCAGUCGCGGUGCGCGCUGAGCAGCAGCUUGCGCCCGCUGUCGCUGCCCAACCACGCGUUGUUGUUAAGCCUUUCCUGGCCGGUCGACCAGCUGUCGCUAACGUAUCUUCACAGCUGUUCGUCGGCCGUGCCGUGCGCCAGCAACUGAAGGCAGCUGCUGCCCCGCCUUCGCCUUCAUCCAGCGCCAUGCCUAAUAAUGCUGGCACGGGCAAGCCCAGGGCCCUAAUCUCGCUGUCCGAUAAGAGUGAUCUGGACAUGCUGGUGAAGGGUCUGGCUGAGCUGGGCAUCGAGAUUGUGUCCACGGGCGGCACCGCCACAGCCAUCCAGAACGCAGGGGUUCCCUGCCUGAAGGUCGAGGACAUCACCGGCUUCCCGGAGAUGCUCGAUGGCCGUGUGAAGACGCUGCACCCCGCGGUGCACGGAGGUAUCCUGGCCAUCCGCGACAAGGCGGACCACAUGGCCGCCAUCGCGCAGCACAACAUCGGAACCAUCGACCUGGUCGUCGUGAACCUCUACCCCUUCCGCAAGACCGUCACCGCCUCGCCGCCCCCCGCCUUCGAGGUGGGUGUUGAGAACAUCGACAUCGGCGGCCCCGCCAUGAUCCGCGCCGCUGCCAAGAACAUGGCGCACGUGGCGGUGGUGACCGACCCGCGGGACUACCCGGCGCUGCUGGAGGCGCUGCGGCAGGGCGGCCCGGCGCUGGCGGAGCUGCGCAAGCGGCUGGCGUGGAAGGCGUUCCAGCACUGCUCCUCCUACGACGCGCAGGUGUCGGAGUGGCUGUGGGGCCAGGUGGGGUCGGGCCCCGCCCCCGAGAUGACGGUGCCGCUGCAGCUGGCGCACACGCUGCGAUACGGGGAGAACCCGCACCAGUCCGCCGCCUUUUACACGGACGCCUCCCUGCGCGAGUUCCAGGCGGGUGGGGUGGCCACCAGUGUCGUACACUGGGGCAAGGAGAUGUCGUACAACAACUACCUGGACGCCGACGCCGCCUACCAGUGCUGCUGCGACUACCCCGCCCCCUCCUGCGUCAUCGUGAAGCACACCAACCCCUGCGGCAUCGCCUCGCGGGGCGACCUGCGGGAGGCCUACCGCCUGGCGGUGCGGGCGGACCCCAUCAGCGCCUUCGGCGGUAUCGUGGCGUUCAACCGGCCAGUAGAUGCGGAGCUAGCCCGGGAGAUCAGGGAGUUCAGGUCCCCCCAGGACAACGAGACCAAGAUGUUUUACGAGAUCGUCAUCGCGCCCGGCUACACGCCCGAGGGUCUUGAGAUCCUGAAGGGCAAGUCCAAGAACCUGCGCAUCCUCGAGGCGGCUCCCCGCCCCCCCUCCGGCACCUCGCUGCGGCAGGUGGCGGGCGGGUGGCUGGUGCAGGGGGCGGACGCGCUGGGGCCGGAGGGCAUUGCAUUCAAGUGUGUGAGCGAGGCGCAGCCGACGGAGCAGCAGCUGGAGGACCUGAAGUUCGCUUGGAGGGCUGUGAAGCACGUCAAGUCCAACGCUAUUACCAUCGCCAAGGAGGGGCGGCUGCUGGGAAUGGGCUCGGGGCAGCCCAACCGGGUUAACUCGGUGCGCAUCGCCAUCGAGAAGGCGGCGGCGGAGGUGCAGGGCUCCGUGCUCGCGUCCGACGCCUUCUUCCCCUUCUCCUGGGGCGACAGUGUGGAGAUCGCGUGCAAGGCGGGUGUGAGCGCCAUCGUGCACCCGGGCGGCUCGCUGCGGGACCAGGACGCCAUCGACUGCUGCAACAAGUACGGCGUGGUGCUGCUGACCACCGGCGUACGGCACUUCCGCCAUUAGGUUGCCGUACUGGGCAUAUGUUGGGGCGGUUGGGAGGUGGUGCGGGGUUCCUGAGUGCGUGGUGUUGACGGUUGGAGGUAUCGGAGAUGCUGGAGGAUGGAAGGAGGAUGGGAGGAGGAGGUGGAAUGGAGGGGGGAGGAGGAGCAGGAGGGAGCUCCGUUGUUUUGACCGGCCUUGGUGGGUUUUGAGGUAGGAGGAGAGUUGGGCGAUGCCGCUGCGAAUGCGGUAUGUUGGGGAGGGAGGACCUUCACUUCUUGAGGAAAAGUGUUUUGCGCGCGAUAAUAAGGCCAGAGGAGCAUUCUUUGCGUGCGUAUGAAAGGCUUUUGAUGCUUGUUAAUGUGCGUUUGGGGAUUGGCCUGCUCUAGAACCGAGCUGAUCUGCAACAUGAGUCAUAACAGCGCAAUAACCGUUUGCGUGGUGAAGCUACCGUGGGUGUUCGCACUGCGUCGCUUCAUUGUUCUUUGGGCUCGUGUUAAUGAUAACCGAACAAGGCUAGAGAAAGGGCAUCUGCUGUAUGAAUGAAAGGGC